AUGUGCGACUCACCCGCCGAAGAACAGAUGAGCAUACAACAACUGGAAUUCCUGCAAGAAGACGAGCCCAUCACUAAUGGCAAGUCAAAGGCCAAGACUAAUGGCGUCAAACAUGUACUCGUCAACGGUAAAAGCCGAAAGCAGGCUGAGAAUGGCGUUGCUGAUGGCAAGGACGCUAAAGAGAACGACAAGAAGGACGAGGAGCCCUGCGAGCCGGGAAUGAAGAGCGGUCUCAAGCAUCUUUACUCCGGCAAGGAAGACAAGAAAGGUCGCUUCCAGUGGCAGGAGGAAAUUCCAGAAGACAUUGGCGAUCCCGUCGAAAACGAUGAGACUGCCAAGUGGGCGCUGCUUGUGCGAAACGUCAAAGUCUAUGGAGACCCCCGACGAGUCUUGUCCAUCCACUCCGUCGUAGUCCAGAGCCCACUACUCAAGAAGCUACUUGCUGGUGUACUCAAGAACUACCCGGGUGUCACAGUGGGUCUCAAUCGUCUCGAGUUCCAGGGCAAGUUCGAGCCACUCAUCCAUCGAUGGGCUGAGCUGCAGGACGCUAUCGCAAAGCUUGGCGAUGACACGGAAGAUAAGCGUACAACCAAAGCACACGCUGAGUUGCUCCAAGAAAUCCUUACUAAAGAGUUCAAAACCAUGAUCGACACUUCUCAGGAUAUGAAGAGCAAGAAGGUCAUGACUUACGAGCACUUGUGGACUUUAUUCCAGCCAGGUGCGACAGUCUUUGCUCGGCAGGACGGACAAGAAACCGCCAUGACACUUGUCGAGACGAAGUAUGGAGUAGACUGUAAUGGCGUGCCAUGUUUCUGGCUGACAUGCAAAUACGUCGAUUGGGAUGGAGCCAAGUUCGGUUCCAACAAGAUCAAUCUCUCCAUUUCCGUCUAUACCGGUACACGCGCCAUCACAUCUUUGCGUGUUUACCCCAUCGAGUUCCAUCCAGAGGGUGAAGCCAUCCGCGCUCGGCUCAUCGAACGUGGUGCUAAGGCUGAAACCCUCGCUGGUCCAAACUAUCGGGCAUACCAGGGUGUCGCGUGGAGGCAGGGUCAAUUCGGAAACAAGGACAAGUACAAUGUCAAAGGUCGUAUUGUCAUCGACACAUACGGCUGGAACCGCUUCAAUCCCGCCCAAGCGAUCUACGUCACGCCACUAAACCAGAAGGAUCCCACCCCGCCACCACCUCCAGGCCAGUACGAUGAGGGCGAAGAGGAAGAGUGCCAGGAGUUUGAAGACGAAGAUGAUAGCGGUAUGCCAAUCGAUGGCGCGUUUGCGGAUGAAGACGACGCAGCCAAACAUCCGCCAUUGACUACCGAGCAAAAGCUCAUCUGCUCACCUCUGCUCCGUGGUUACAGCUUGAAGAACAAGCUCUGGCUAAACUUCUUCGUCAACUGCGUCAAGGACAUCGAGUGGCAAACUGACGCUUUCGACCGCCUAGUGCUCCCCAAGAACCAGAAAGAGCUGAUCCUAGGCUUCACAGAAUCCCAACGCAAAUUCCGUGACACCUUUGACGACGUAAUCGAAGGAAAAGGGAAAGGCAUGAUUAUCUUGCUCUGCGGUCCCCCAGGCGUCGGCAAGACCCUCACCUCUGAGUCCGUAGCCGAAGAAAUGAAGGUUCCCCUCUACAUGAUGAGCGCCGGCGACCUCGGUUUCGACCCCCGCAAAGUGGAGGGCAAGCUCCAAGACAUUCUCGAAAUGUGCAGCCGCUGGAAUGCCGUUCUCCUUCUCGACGAAGCCGACGUCUUCCUCGAGCAACGUUCUUUGCACGAACUCGAGCGCAACAAACUCGUUUCCAUCUUCCUGCGCGUACUGGAAUACUACGAAGGUACCAUGUUUCUCACAACCAACCGUGUUCAAACUUUCGAUCCAGCAUUCCAAUCCCGCAUCCACAUCUCGCUCGACUACCCCGGUCUCACCAUCGACUCGCGCAAGACGGUAUGGAAGAACUUUUUGGAUUCGAGUUCGCAGGAACAUACUAUUGAUAAGGCGCAGCUUGUGGAGUUGGCGAGGAUGGACUUGAAUGGACGCCAGAUUAAGAAUAUUCUCAAGAUUGCUAGGUUGUUGGCGAGUAGGAAGGAGGAGAAGUUGAGCCGGGAGCACAUCACGGUCACAAUGGAUGUUACGCAGCACUUGCAUAACGAGACGCAGGCUAGUGAGCGGACGAAGGGGACCUUGUAUGGUUAA